AUGCGAAGUUUAAAAUGAAAAGGGUAAGACCGUCUGUCUGCGGAGGCAAAUCCACUCUCUCUCUUCUCUGUCUCUCUCGACGACUGAGCGGGACUUUCUUAGGGUUCGACUUCCAGUGCUUGAAAAUCUCUACCUGAAGCAGUGUGUGCUUUGAAACUCUGAGGUGGGUGUCUAAAUGAAACCCUAGUUUGAAAACUAGGGAUUUUUUGAAUGUGUGGAGAAAUGGAUGUUGGUGGGAAUACAAGUAGGGGAGAUGGUAAGCAAUGUGUUGAUAGGGUACCAUUAAAGCAUGAAGCCACAAACAAUGGGUUUGUGAGUUUAGGUGCAACUGAUGGAUUUCGAACUUAUAAGAGACGAAGACAUGGAAAGUCAAAUUCAGGGAGCAAACUCCCAGAGGGAAGGACAGCUUUUGGUGAGGCUACGAGUCUAGUUGCUGAUCAGUCUCGGAAUCAUUGGAGGAAUGAUGUACUACAGAAGAUGUAUAUGUCAUUACGUGAUACUGGUGCUAUACAGGACUGCAUUAGAGAUGCACUUUCAUUUCACCAAGGAAUAGAUUCUGCAACCACGACUAAGGAACAUGAUACUUGUAGUAGAGAUAGGUGUAAAAUCUCUUCACAAAUGGGAUCAACUUCUAAUGGAACUCAAUAUGUGGCUAAAGAGGAACCUGGUGUUUUAUCAAAUGGACCUACAAAUGCAAUAGGUCAUCCUUCAUGCACUGAGAUGUGUGUGAAUGGUUUCUCUGAUAUCCUUGCAUCGGAAAAGUUCCAUUCACUUUGUAAACUACUGGUAGAAAAUUUUCAAGGAUUGAAUGUUGAUAGUCUUUUUAACCUAAGCCUCAUAAAUUCAAGGAUGAAGGAGGGAGCUUAUGAACAAACACCUGAGCUUUUCUCAGUUGAUGUUCAGCAGGUAUGGAGGCAGCUUGAGGUGAUUGGGACCGAAAUGAGUUCUCUUGCAAAGAGCCUUUCAAAUUUGUCAGUGGCAUACUGCAGUAAACAUAUACGCAAGUCUGGUGCCAAACUAGAGCAACCAGAAGAUAUAUACAAAGUCUGCAUUUGUAGGCUCUGUGGGACUACAGCAGACGGAAGGGGUUGUUUAGUAUGUGAUUCAUGUGAGGAAAUGUACCAUGUUUCCUGCAUUGAGCCAGCUGUCAAGGAGGUUCCUCCAAAAAGUUGGUAUUGCUCUAUCUGUACGGGAAAGGGUAUUGGGUCCACCCAUGAGAACUGUGCAGUAUGUGAGAGGCUAAGGGCUUCUUUGGUUAAUCAAGUUGCUCAUCACAUUAGUCCGAGAAGUCAGAGAUUUAAGGAAUUUGACGAGAAUUCAAAUGUUAGCUCAGAGGAUGGACAUCAACUGUUAAAAGGAAAUGAGGAGUGUAAAAUUUGUCGAAGUAAGUUAAAAAAUGGUGAUGAGUUCAGAAUAUGCCAUCAUGCCUUGUGCGACUAUAAGUAUUACCAUACCAGGUGUCUGACAAUCAAGCAGUUGAAAUCAUACUGUCCCCAUUGGUAUUGCCCUUCUUGUCUGUGUAGGAUUUGCCUCACUGAUAAGGAUGAUGAUCAGAUUGUUCUAUGUGAUGCCUGUGAUGAAGCAUACCAUACUUAUUGCAUGAGUCCUCCACGCUCAUCAAUACCAAAAGGGAAAUGGUUCUGUGUAAAAUGUCAUUCUCAAAUCCAGCAAAUACGCAGGGUAAGAAUAGCAUAUGAGAAACUUCAGAAGGACGAAGAUGGUAAAGGGGCACUCAAGAAUUCUGAGAAUGAAGUGAGUGAGAAUGGUCAAGCAGCCAAUACUGGUAAAUGUGGAGUUGGAAUGGACAUGCUUCUAAGUGCAGCCAAUACUCUGAAUUAUGAGGAAAAGGUUGCUGCUGUGAGUCACGAAAAUUCAAAUUCUAUGGUAUUGUACCAUAAUCGAUUUUGAUAAAUGUACGUUCACUUCCCAAUACCAAGAAUUUCCUUUUGUUGCAUUGAUCGGAGGUAUUGAUAUGUUGGUAGUUUGUAAACUCUCGUAGGUUUUACCGACUUUGUAUUGACUUCGAUGGAGGAGCGAAUCUGAAGGCUGUAUAUUUCCAGUGCUUGGCUACAUAAAUGAUGUGUAGUUUCGUCCUUGACAGAGGGAUUAGGAAAACUUCUCUUCGACAUGGCACAGAGCACAAUCAACCGAAAUGGCAUAUCAAACUGUAUUGGACGGGGGUUAUAUGAUGUCAUAGACCUCCUCUCCUUUGAGGAUGAGAAAAUAUUGCCGAGCUAUUUGCCACUCUUUUAUUACUCUUGACUUGUAAGCAUCAAAGCAAUUUUGUCAGAGUUAUUCCCGUGGACCAAGGAAGUGAUUUCCUUCUGUGGUGUGUAGUGAUUCUCCUUAUUUGGUUCUGGAAGCUUGAAAUCCUGGAGAUUCAGAUACAUUUUAGGUGACAUUUUUUUCCCUGAGAAAGCGGUUGACCAUAUUUGAUAUAGUAAUGUUUUGUAGCAACAUUUUAUUUGAUAUUCAAUGGUAGUAAUUACCAGAA